UUCGAUGGUGAUGACUACAUCAAUGAAAACCACAUUCGUGCCUUUGCCCAGGCCCUUGAAUUAGACGACCUGGAGGAUGUGGAAGACGUGGCCAGCUCGCUUUCCACUGGGCUCUCUCUGCCUGUCAUGGCCGACGAGAAAUCCAUACAAAAAGAGGCCCAGCUACUCAACCAGAAAAAAAGUUUCAGUGCCUCCGACCCGGUAUCGUCCAAAUCGGGGGGUCUGAAGCCCACCAAAAUCGUGUCUAAAAGCGACUGGUUCCCCACCGGCGCCCCUGGGCCCCAAGCCAAGAAAGACCCCAAGACCUCGAGUGCAGAGAGAUUCACCAGUGAGUUCCGUGUAUCCUCCUCUUACAAAGUGUUCCGCUGGCCCAUCCUCUUUCUUAUCGGUAGCUGGGUGCUGUUUCUUUGUUUGCUUUAUACAUGGAUCCGGGCGUACGUAGCCCUCCUGGAGUACUUCUUCACCUGGACAGGCGAAAGAAAAAAACUCAGGGAUAAGUUGCGCCUGUCAAAAACUUAUGAUGAGUGGGUGCAAAACGCCAAGGCGCUCGACGAGUUCUUGGGACUCGACAAGUGGUCCGAAAACCCCAAGUUCUCUUACUACGAUCACCGCACGCUACUCAAAACCAUCCAGCGCCUUCGCCUCUUGCGGCAGAAAAAGGAUAUCCCCGAGUUGAUGGUGUUUUUGCAAGGGUGCAUUCGCAAGAACUUCGCGGGCAUCGAAAACAGACAGCUCUAUUCACACCGAUACUUCGGUACGAAAAGAGUCGUGGAGAAAUACAUUGACGAGGUCGUGAAGUCUAUAGACUGUGUUGCCAACGCCUCCGAGGCACAGGUGUCCACAAAAACAAAGCGCAAAUUCUUCCGGGUGGUGGAGAAAAACUAUGGGAAAACGGCUCUUUGUCUCAGUGGCGGAGCCUGCUUUGCGUACACCCAUUUCGGGCUCGUGAAGGCCUUGCUCGAUAAUGACUUGCUCCCUCGAAUCAUAUCUGGCACUUCCGGCGGAGGUUUGAUUGCGGCAUUGACGUGUACGCGAACAGACGACGAAUUGCAGGAAUUGCUUGUUCCCGAGCUAGCCCGCAAAAUCACCGCGUGUGAAGACCCCUGGUGGGUCUGGCUCCCACGCUGGUGGAAGACUGGAGCCAGAUUCGAUGCGGUCAGCUGGGCCCGCAAAUCAAAUUUCUUCACAAAGGGCUCUAUGACAUUCCAAGAGGCAUACAACACAACCGGGAGACAGCUUAAUAUUUCCACUGUCCCAGCCGAGCCACAUUCGCCUGUCAUAUUGUGUAACACGGUGACCUCGCCUAACUGUAUUAUCUGGUCUUCUUUGCUUGCCUCGUCGGCUGUUCCUGGAAUCUUGAAUCCCGUGGUGUUAAUGAUGAAAGAUACAAAGAAUCAAGAGGCGGUUCCAUUCAGCAUGGGCAACAAAUGGAGAGACGGGUCUCUCCGCACAGACAUUCCUGUGGACGCCUUAAACACCUACUACAACGUGAACUUCUCCAUUGUGUCGCAAGUCAACCCGCAUAUUUCUCUUUUCUUCUACGCGCCAAAAGGCACCGUCGGUAAACCGGUCGCUAUCGCUAGAAGAAAGACAAGACGCCACAAAUUUGCUUCCUUACGGGGCGGGUUUUUCGCCACUGCAAGCGAACACUUGUUGAAAUUAGAAAUCAAAAAAUGGCUCGAGAUCAUCAAAUUGCUUGACUUGUUUCCUCGGUGGCUGGCACAAGAUUGGCUGAACGUAUUUUUGCAAAGAUUCACGGGCACCAUAACAAUUUGGCCACGGAACCGCUUCAAAGAUUUCUUGUAUAUUCUUCUGGAUCCCAGCGAAGCCCAAAUGGAAGAAUACCUCAUGAAGGGCCAACGGAGUAUGUUCUCUCGCUUGUUGUUUGUCAAGCAUAGACUCAGUAUUGAAAGAGCCAUCGAACGAGGACGCAACGCUACAAGAACACUGAGCGUUUCUUCCAACUCU